AUGAAGUUCUUUGCUGUCGCCGCCAUCACCAUGGCCGCCCUGGUCUCGGCUCAGAGCGCCGGUGAUGUUCCUUCUUGCGCUCUGCCCUGCCUUGAGGACUCCGUCAAGAAGACCACCUCAUGCGACAAGACCGACUUCAAGUGCAUCUGCAAGGAGCAAAACUUCUCCAAGGUCCAGGGUGACGCUACCUCUUGCGUUCUUGCAAAGUGUGGCUCCGAUGUAGCCCUGAACAAGGUUCUUCCGGCCACCCAGAAGCUCUGCGCUUCGGCUAGCGAGGGUGGAAGCUCCGAGGCUGCUUCCUCUGCUUCUGCUUCUACCGAGACGGCCUCCGAGGUGGCUGAGGCUCAUCCUACUCACACGGCCGAGCCUACCGAGUCUGAGGUCGCCGGUAAUACUGAGUGCCCUGCCACGGUGGCCACGGUGGCCACGGUGGCUACCCAGCCCUGCCCUUCCACCCUUUCCACCCCUUCCAGCCCUCCCAAUCCUGCCACCAACGACACUGCUCCUCCUGCCCCUUCUACUCCUGUCACUGCUGGUGCCGCUGGUCUCGCCCCUAUCGGCGGCCUUGCCAUGCUCGCCAUCGGCGCUCUGGCUCUGUAA